AUGUUUCGAAGUAAAAUAAGGAUACACACAUGUCGCAUAAUAUUGUUGACAUCUUUAGUGUGGUUACUUGUAGAUGUUGCACUCUUGGCUAUGUACUCUGAUUGUUUUGGUGAAGGCUGUAGUAAGAAGACAAAUGAAAUUGCUGUCAGAAGUAAAGAAGAAUUUCGUGGCAAAAAAGCUGCAAUAGCAGCAGCUUUACAAAACAAUAUAGAAGAUGGGGACACAAAUUUGGAAGAAAAUGAAAUAGAACAGGAUAUUGGAGAUAAUGGGUUAAUACUGCCUCCAUAUCCAAGGUCAAGGCUCAAGAGAUGGGCGCCUGUGUCCCCUGUAAGGCCUCAGGAUGAUUCUCCUGGAGAAAUGGGUAAAGCUGUAAACAUUCCAAUUGAACAAGAAAAGUUAAUGUUGGAUAAAUUUCAAGAGAAUCAGUUCAAUUUAUUAGCAAGUGAUAUGAUUUCGUUGAACAGAUCACUAACAGAUGUUAGAUUUGAAAAGUGCAAGAACAAGCCAUAUCCAGACCUAUUGCCAACAACCAGUGUGGUGAUUGUUUUCCACAAUGAGGCAUGGACGACCUUAAUCCGUACCAUUUGGAGCACCAUCAAUCGUUCACCACGACCCUUGUUAAAAGAGAUUAUUUUGGUUGAUGAUGCUAGUGAAAAAGAACACCUGGGUAAAAAACUCGAGGACUACAUAAAAACGCUGCCAGUGCCAACGCGCCUUUUCCGGACAGAAAAUCGCUCGGGACUCAUUCGGGCGCGACUUUUGGGCGCUAAACACGUCAAAGGAGACGUCAUUACCUUCUUAGAUGCUCACUGUGAAUGUACAGAGGGCUGGUUGGAACCGCUGCUAGCUAGAAUAGUGGAAGACAGAACAACUGUAGUGUGUCCCAUCAUUGAUGUCAUUUCCGACACGACCUUCGAGUACAUACAGGCAUCGGAUAUGACGUGGGGUGGUUUUAAUUGGAAACUCAACUUUAGGUGGUAUCGAGUACCAGAACGAGAGAUGUCCCGUCGAGGUGGUGACCGCACAGCACCUUUACGUACGCCGACAAUGGCGGGAGGGUUGUUCGCGAUAGACCGCGAGUACUUCUAUAAGAUCGGCUCCUAUGAUGAGGGCAUGGACAUUUGGGGUGGAGAGAACCUUGAGAUGAGCUUCCGGGUGUGGCAGUGCGGCGGCCGGCUGGAGAUAGUGCCGUGCUCGCACGUGGGCCACGUGUUCCGCGACAAGUCGCCGUACUCGUUCCCCGGCGGAGUUCAGAACAUCGUGCUCCACAACGCGGCGCGCGUCGCCGAAGUGUGGAUGGACGAGUGGGGCGAGUUCUAUUACGCCAUGAAUCCAGGCGCCUUGAACGUACCUGUGGGCGAUGUCAGCGAACGUAAAGCACUGAGAGAGAGGCUUAAGUGCAAAAGCUUCAGAUGGUACUUGGAGAAUAUUUACCCAGAGAGCCAAAUGCCUUUGGACUACUACUUCUUGGGAGAGAUCCGUAAUGCGGAGACCUCGAACUGCUUGGACACGAUGGGCGGCAAAGCUGGACAGGCACUGGGAAUGGGCUACUGCCAUGGUAUGGGUGGUAACCAAGUGUUUGCGUAUACAAAACGCAAGCAAAUCAUGUCGGACGACAAUUGCUUGGACGCGGCGAAUCCAAGAGGACCCGUUAAGCUUAUACGAUGUCACGGAAUGCGUGGCAAUCAGGAGUGGACUUACGAUACGAAGACACGAAUCAUAAAGCACACGAAUACGGGCAUGUGUCUGGAUAAGCCGGAGUCGUCGGACGUGUGGAAGCCGGUGCUGCGGCCCUGCAACAGGUCGCGCGGCCAGCAAUGGCUUAUGCAGGUCGACUUCAAGUGGCAGGCACGGCGCAAUGCUCGCAGCCCGCCCAGCUAG